UAAUUUUUUCGUCUUGGCUCUUUCUUCGUUGCUGAACGCCUUUCCGCUUACUUGGAUAUCAGAUGGUCAAGAGAAAAGUGCAUCAGCAGUGGGGCAUCUUCGUCCUCCGGCAAACUUGAGUGACUGAACGAAAGGUUAACACUGUCUAUUGGUCGAGUGGCCGAAGUCGAGGUAUUUUAGCCAAAGCCGCUAUUCGCUCACAGCCAUCGAGGACGUGCCUUGUGAAUCCAGUCUAGGUGAACUCACUUAUUAGUUUUGUGAAUUCGCUAUCGCUUUCAACUGGCUUAUCAUGUGAACAAGAUUAAAAGUUCAUGAAAGCUGCGAAGGGUUUUGGUGCCAAGGACCUUUGUCUUUUGUGGAUGGCACUGACUGCCCCAAAUGUAUCUCAAACUUGCAUCUAAAAAGUUCACCAACGGAAUAGUUAUCCAUUACCGCGUUGAGUAAAAAUGUCGCUUCUCGCCCUCCCAUUGGAGCUUUAUUCUAUUGUCGCCGCCUUUCUCGGGCCAAAAGAACAAGCUGCUCUAGCUUGCACUAGCAGGUUAGCCAACCAUAUCACUCAAGAUAUCCUAUACUAUCACGAUGGCAGAAGGUGCCGAUGUCGAUGCACGAAGCGGAAGGUUGGAACGGCCCUGCAAGCGGCAUCCACAACUGGUCAUGAGAGGGUUGUCCAGCUUCUACUCGAUGCCGGUGCCGAUGUCAAUGCGCAAGGCGGAAGACUCCCAACAGCUCUACAAGAAGCAUCAGCUAAUGGCUAUGCAGAGAUUGUUGAGCUCCUGCUUGGUAAAGGCGCAGAUGUUAAUGCGCAAGACGGAAAUUUCGCAACAGCCCUGCAAGUCGCAUCAGCAGAGGGUCACGAGAGGAUUGUUCAGCUUCUACUCGACAAUGGUGCUUCUGUUAACGCACAGGGUGGAAGGCUCGCAACAGCCCUGCAGCUCGCAUCGGCGAACGGCCAUAAUAAGAUUCUCCAACUUCUGCUUCAUAAAGGCGCCAAUAUCGAGGCGCGAAGCGGGUGGUUCCAACGGCCCUACAGCUAG